AUGCGUCCGGAACUUCCGGCUUAUCCGAAGCAGCUGAGCAAAAGCCGGCCGACAAGUUUCAAUGCGCAAACUGCAGCAAGCAAGGACAUCGCAUUAAGGACUGCGGAGAGUUUAGGACUCUCAGCAUCGAUAAUCAUUGGCGGAGAAUUCGUUCGUUGGGUGUCUGCCAAAACUGCCUUUUCAGGCAUGGCCGACGUUCCUGCCGAACUGUUACACGUUGCGGUAUCAACGGAUGCCAGUACCGACAUCAUCCUCUUCUGCACUCUUCGCCCAGGCCAUCGGAUUCAGAUGCUGUCACACAGGAUUGUUCCGGUUACUCUCUACGGGAACAACGGCCAGGUGAAUACCUUCGCCUUUCUUGAUGAAGGAUCUUCUCUAACGCUGGUAGAAGGAAAAUUGGUGAAGGAGUUAGGAAUAUCCGGUAUCCCACAGCCGCUCUGCCUGCGAUGGACGGCGAACACCUCUCGGACCGAGAAAUCUUCAAUGAGUGUGUCCAUCUCCGGACAAGGCAAGGAAAGGAAGCAUCAGAUCGUUGGAGCGCGAACGGUUGAGAGCUUGAAUCUACCAACGCAAAGCUUCAAUUUGGAGGAGGCAGUGAAACGUUUCGAAUACUUGAAGUACUUGCCUCUGCAGAGUUACCAGAAUGCUACGCCUGGGAUUCUGAUUGGACUGGACCAUCUGUCGUUGGCCCUGCCGUUGAAGAUCAGGGAAGGAUAUGGAUCCGGUCCCGUCGCAGCCAAAACCAGGCUUGGCUGGUGCGUUUACGGUCAGCAGCAACAGCAACAGAGCGCCUACAGUUUCCACAUAUGUGGAUGCACGCAUAAUGAAGAGCUCCACGAAACGUUGAAGCAGUUUUUCACUGUAGAAGAAGUCGGAACAGUCGGCCCUUCCCUUUCGACGUCGGAUCAGCGAGCCCAGCAGCUACUGGAGCAAACAACCAAGCGAGUCGGAGACCAUUUCGAGACCGGGCUGUUGUGGGACAACGACUACAUCGAGCUUCCAGACAGCUAUCCCAUGGCGUUGAGCCGGAUAAAGUGUUUGGAGCGUCGUAUGGAGCGAGAUCUGACUCUCAAGGAGAAGGUACACCAGAAGAUACGGGAGUACGUGUCCAAGGAUUACGCGCAUGUAGCGACGGACGAAGAACUGGAGACCGCCGACCCCAGGCGAGUCUGGUAUUUGCCGAUAGGGGCAGUUACGAAUCCACGGAAACCCGACAAGAUCCGCAUCAUCUCGGACACAGCCGCGUUGGUAGAUGGAACAUCUUUAAACAGCCAUCUACUGAAGGGUCCGGAUCAACUGACCGCGCUGCCUGCGGUUUUAUUCAAGUUCCGGCAAUUCGGGAUAGCGGUGAACGCUGACGUGCAAGAGAUGUUUCAUCAGCUUCGGAUGGCGGCACGAGAUAAACAGUCGUUACGCUUCCUGUUCCGGUUCGAUCCAACGCAGCCUCCCAUAAUCUACGUUAUGGACGUAGCCACGUUCGAAGCGACCUGCUCACCGGCCUCGGCACAGUUCGUGAAGAACUUGAAUGUCAAGGAACAUGCCCAGCAAUACCCUCAGGCUGCGCAGCGGAUAGUCGACAAUCACUACGUCGAUGACUAUCUCGACAGCUUCGGGGAUGAAAAGGAAGCGAAGAAGAUUGCAGCAGAGGUGCGUACCAUCCAUCUCCAGGGUGGCUUCGUCUUGAGGAAUUGGAACUCGAACAGCAAAGCAAUACUAGAGUCUCUGGGGGAACCUGGGACCAACGAAGGCGAGAACAUCAACCUGGUCGACAAGCAGCACACUGAGAGGGUUCUCGGAAUGCUAUGGAUGCCAGCGACUGACGAACUCUGCUUCUCGACACACAUGAGUGAGGAGGUACGCGCACUUAUCGAGAGCGGUACUCGUCCAACGAAACGAGAGGUGUUGCGCUGUGUAAUGACACUAUUCGACCCAUUGGGACUGCUAGCAACGUUCCUGAUUCACGGAAAAAUACUCAUCCAGGAGUUGUGGCGCACCGGAAUCAACUGGGACGAGCAAAUCCAGGACACUGAGUUGAAUCGCUGGCGAGAGUGGGAGCGACGAAUUCCACCUACGAAAAUGCACAGCUACAUGCGUUCGUCGACGCAAGUCCAGCGGCGUAUUGCUGCGUUGUAUAAUCUACGCGUGAUGAAAUCCGCUGGUUCCGGAGUGUGUGUAUUGGUUGCAGCGAAGACGAAAGUGGCACCGUUAAAGCCCAUGUCCAUACCCAGGCUCGAACUGCAGGGUUGUGCACUCGGUGCGCGGAUGCUGAAGUUCGUCCAGGAAAACCAUACAAUUCCCAUCACGAAACGCUACUUGUGGACGGACCACACUACGGCGCUUUCCUGGAUCCGGGCGGAUCCACGCAACUAUCGACCGUUCGUUGCCCACAGAGUAGUUGAGAUUCUGGAGACUACCAGUGCGGAGGAGUGGAGAUACGUGCCUUCAGCAUCCAACCCGGCCAAUGAAGGGACCAAGUGGGGAAAAGGCCUAUAUUUCAGUACUGAUAGCCACUGGUUCUCGGGACCAGAAUUCCUGCAACACCCAGAAGACGCAUGGCCGAUUUUACCAGCGAUGCCCAUCAUCGAGACGGAGGAGAUACGAGCUUCUGUCCUGUUUCAUCUCGCGUACGAGCCCGUUAUCCAGUUCGAAAGGUUUUCCAAAUGGGAGAGAUUACAUCGCACCGUUGCCUACGUGCUGCGCUUUGUCAAGAAUAUCAGCAGAGAGCGUAGCAAAAUAUCCGGUGAUUUGCAACAGGAGGAGUUCCAGGCAGCGGAAGCGGUGAUCAUGCAGCAGGUGCAGUGGCAACCGUUUCCGGAUGAGAUGGUGAUCCUCACGAAAAAUAAAUCGGUGGCGCGAGGUGAUAUGCAACCGAUUCCGAAAAGCAGCUCCCUGUACAAAAUUGUUCCAAGCCUGGACGAAAAUGGAGUCAUGCGGCAGACAGGACGUAUUGGGACAGCCAAGCAAGCAUCCUACAAUCUGCGAUACCCGGUGAUCCUUCCCAAGAGAAGUGAGAUAACUUCGCUCGUGGUAGACCUGUUCCACCGGAAGUACAAACACGCGAACUCAGAGACCGUCGUCAACGAGAUUCGCCAGCAGUUUGAAAUUCCUAGUCUGCGAACACUAGUUCGAAGAUGCAGCCGUGAUUGUUGGUUCUGCAAACUUCGCCAAGCUCGACCGCACAUCCCUCCGAUGGGUCCACUAUAUGCAAGUCGUCUCGAAGCCUUCAGCCGGCCGUUCAGCUUCAGUGGAUUGGACUAUUUCGGACCGGUGUUGGUGAAGCAAGGAAGAGCCAGCGUGAAGAGGUGGGUCGCCCUCUUCACCUGCCUCACGGUACGCGCGGUCCACCUUGAGGUCGUGAAUAGCCUGACGACUUCAUCCUGCAUUUCCGCUGUCAGAAGGUUCAUCGGCCGUCGAGGGGCACCCGUUGAGAUGUUCAGCGACAACGGGACUAACUUCCACGGCGCCGAACGACUACUUCGUCAACAAAUCGCUACGGGGCUCUCCGAAACCUUCACCAGUUCGCAGGGCAAAUGGAGCUUCAUUCCGCCUGGAGCCCCACACAUGGGCGGCGCCUGGGAAAGGAUGGUUCAGUCAGUGAAGGCUGCAAUGGGGGAUGGGAAGCUUGAUGAGGAAGGACUUGGGACUUUAGUUGUGGAGGCAGAGAGUAUGGUUAACUCUAGGCCUCUAACGUACUUGCCGUUAGACUCUGAUGAAACGGAAGCUCUGACACCGAACCAUUUUCUGCUCGGGAGUUCAACUGGGGCAAAGGUACCGGGUAAAGGCAUACGACAUCAGCAGCGAAAGCUCCAAGAACUAUGGGUGGACAUCCAGGACCAGCUGGACAUCUUCUGGAAACGGUGGCUAAAAAAAUACCUGCCGGUCAUUCGCUGUCAGCCGAAGUGGUUUGAAGAAGCGGCGAAGGAGAUCACGGAAGAUGAUUUGGUUCUCAUCACCGAUGAAGGAAAGCGUAGCGAGUGGAUCAGAGGACGUGUAGAGCGAGCGAUUCGAGGAUCGGAUGGGCGUGUACGACAGGCGAUCAUGCGGACUGCCGGAGGACUCGUGCACAGAACGGUAACGAAGAUAACCUUGCUGGACGUCAAAAAAGACAGACGUAGUCCUACGUCAAAAGACCGUGCAGUCUUGGCCGAUGGCAAGAUGCACCCGGCGGAGGAUGUUGCCGCAAGUCUACCGAUCUACUACAUCCACGAUGGAUCUGGUCACCCGGUAUCUGAAAGCGACGCUUCAACGGAAACGUUACCCGCUGUCAGGGAGAAUGAUCGUGACGCAGACUCGAUCGAUCUGUCAAUCGACCAGAUCCGGCUGAAUCAGACGAUCGACCACAUUGAUCGCGGCGUUAAGUGGAGCGAAGUGAAUUUAUUAAAUUAA